CAUUGAUAAUAUAUGUUUGCAGAAGUCACAGUUGAAAAUUCAUAUAAAUUCUUGUCGGUUAUUUCAAAAAUUGUAUUUAAAUAUAUAUUUUAGCAGAAGUCACAGUUGAAAAUUCAUAUAAAUUCUUGUCUGUUAUUAAAUUUCUCCAGCCCAACUAUUGUGAAUCUAGCUCUAGUUAGUUUGUAAGUGAAUAAAUUAAACAAAUACAAUUGUCUAUUGUAAGUAGUCUACUGUAUUUGCUCGCGUAUGAUGCGCACCCCAAAAACUAGAGUACAUUUUUAUGAAAAAAUACCGUAAAUAUAUUAUCAAAGCUUUUAUUUGAAACAGCGUAUAUAAUGAUUAUUGAUCUACAAAAUAUUCUUUCAAUUAAGUUGAAAUAAAAAGAUAUUGUCAGAUCCACAUAAUUUAUUCGGGCCAAACUUAAGUUUCAAUGCACUAGGGCAUCAUCUUCAGUGGUCUUUUUUUCAUCUUAAGAUGAUGCCUUAGUGCAUUGAAACUAAAGUUAGGCUCAAAUAAAUUAUGUGCAACUGGCAAUAUCGUUUUUAUUCCACUUUGAUAUGGAGAAAUUCCACAAUAUCUCUGUUCAUAGUGUAAAUUUGAUUCAAUAUUAAUGUUUGAAAAACGUAAAUACUGUAUUUAGAACUUAGUAUACAUUUAACACAUUAGGAAAAUCUGACUUGUUGAUUAUCGUUGACUGAUCAUCGUGAACAUUUUUGUCAAUCUGUACAUACCCGGCAUUCUGUCUCAAUUUGGAAAAUUAUGCGUAUGACGCGAACCAACGAAUUUCGCUUUGUAUUUUUGAAAAGUAAAAAGUAAUUUUUUUAAAUAGGUGCGUGUCAUACACUAGCAAAUACGGUAAUUUGAGGUGGUUAGGGUUGGCUAUAGGGGUGUUGGGAGGCCAAUCGUUGUAAACGUAAAGUUUAGUUUUUAGUUUGUAAUUUUGCGAAUUUAUUGUAAAUUUGUCUCCCACUGGAAGCUGAGCCCUGGCUGGUCUAUUGAGCAUAAAUAAAUGAGUAUCCAUACUAAUUAUUAUAUAUUCAUGAUAACAACAGUUCCUCUAAUACUACUUAUUUUGUGAUCUAGUUUGAAAAUAUUGAUACUUUUUCUUCAAAUUGGCAAACCUUAGCUUUACUGAUUUGGUUUUCCAAACCAAAAUUAACUCGUCUGAUAUCAAUUACUUCCUUAUCUAUUAGAAAAAUAUCAAUACUAAUUUCAUCAAAUUUUAAGCUCAGCUUAUGGCGGGUAAACUUUAUCACAUCAUUGUAUUUUUUCUAAUGUUGAAUAAUCAUUCCAAAAAUUUAAUUGAUUAUAGCUUUUAUAAUUGGCCUAUUCAAUUGAAAUAAUAAUUUUUGUCAAAUAUUAUAUUUUUACAGAAGUCUCAGUUGAAAAUACAUAUAAAGAUUUGCCUCUAAUAAAAUUUGUUUAUUGCAACUAUAUGAACUUCGUUCCUUUUAGUUGUAUGUAAAUAUAUUGUCUAUUGUAAUAAUAUUUAGCGAUGGUUAGGGUUGGCUAUAAGGGGUGUUGGGGAGGCCAGCUAUUGUAAACAUAAUUUAGUUUUUAGUGAAUUUAUUGUAACUUUGUCACUUACUAUAAGCUGAGCCAUGGCUGGUUAACAUGAAUUAAUAUUUAUAAUAAUAGUAAUUUUAUAAUCGUAUUAACAUAAAUUCCUCUAAAAUCAAUUAACUUACCUUUCAAUUUAUUCAAAAAAAAUAUUAAUUUAAAUUUCAAUUGUUGAUCCAUUUUCUAAUUUGUGAAUCCAUUCUAGCUCAGAUCAUGUUGUCAAAAUUUUUAAUACUAUAAUUUCUUCAAAUUGGCAAAACAAAGUCGCUCGUCGGAUCCAAAGUUUCGGAUAUCAUAAUACUGACAUAAAUUUCUCUGAAAUUAAUCACUUUAUGAAUUCAUCAAAUUAUAUUUAUACUAAUUUCUUCAAUUAGCUUAUGUUUUCAAAAUUAUUAAUACUAAUUUUUAUAAAUUGACAAGCCAAAGCCUCACUGAUUCUAUCAUCUACUGACUUCAUUUUCUCUAAAAUUGACUACAGAUGGAAAUUAAUUACAGUACAGCAUUUUCAUUUAGGAUUUUCGUUCGAUAAUAAUUAAAAUCAACUACUUCAUGAUUCAUUGAUAACAACUAUUAAUACUCAGCUCUGUAAGCUGUUAAGCCAUAGCUCAGCUCAUGGUGGGUGGACUACAUCACAAUUAUUGUUUCUUUCUCACUUUUCUACUGUUUAUUUAUAAUUUCAAAAAUCGAAUUAAUUUGCUAUUUUGAUUAUCCUAUUCAAUCUAAACAAAUAUAUAUUUCAAAAAUUGUAUUUAAAUAUAUAUUUUUGCAGAAGUCACAGUUGAAAAUUCAUAUAAAUUCUUGUCUGUUAUUAAAUUUCUCCAAUCCAACUGACUUGGAUUUGUUCAAUUCAAUUCAUAUUCACAUCCUAAACAUCUGGUGAUCAUGGCACGGAAUGUUCCAUUAAAGAUAGGCAGGAAAUAAUAAUAAUACAGAGGGCCAUGUGUGCAUGUGAGCAUGUGUUUGGAUUGAAGCGGCAAAUUCAAAGCAGAUCCGAGAUACGUGGAGUUAUCGAAUUAUGGAUGAGCCUAGCAGUGAUUCUACCAAGGGAUCAAUCGAUGAUGAUGAUGAUUUCAUUGAUGAAAUCCUAUCUUCAAUUGCGAAGGAAAAAACAAUUCGAAUUGAACCAGUCGAUUCGAGGCCCAAGAAGGAUUCAUUUGAUCUGUUAUAUUCCGUAGACGUACUUCUGGAAGAUGGCUUACUCAUCAGCGAUGUAAUUAAUAUAGAGAUAGUUAUGCUUGACGAAAAUGAUGGGACUUUGAAUACCGGUAAUGAGAGUGAUUGUAUGCCUACAGUGACUGCUGCGAAUAGUGAUAAUAUUGAAGAAUUAGUUUUGCUGGACAAUAGGAUUUUGAAUGGUGAGAGUGAUUGUAGGCCCACAGUGACUGCUGCGGAUAAUGACAACAUUGAAGAGUUAGUUUUUCUGGAUGUAAAUGAUGGGAUGCUGAAUUCUAAAAGUGAUUAUAGACCUACAGUGACUGCUGCGAAUAGUGAACUGAUGGAUGAACGUUCAAAUGAAAGG